AUGACCGUGGUGUCCCAGGAGAACCACGACGAGAGUGUGGUCGUUACUCCAUUGCUGCAAGAUGCUGCUGACUUGGAACCGGCGGACCAGGAGCGCAGCGAGAGGGUAGUCAUCAACAUCUCAGGUCUGCGUUUUGAGACUCAAUUAAAGACCCUCUCCCGCUUCCCGACCACGCUCCUGGGAGACCCGCGUAAAAGGAUGCGUUUCUUUGACCCGCUGAGAAAUGAAUACUUCUUUGACAGGAACAGGCCGAGCUUCGAUGCCAUUCUCUAUUAUUACCAGUCGGGAGGGCGGCUUCGGAGGCCCAUGAGUGUACCCGUGGAUAUUUUCCUGGAAGAAAUCAAGUUUUAUGAAUUUGAGGAAGAGGCCAUAGAGCUUUUCCGAGAGGACGAGGGCUUGGCGAGGGACGAGGUGCGCCCGCUGCCUACCAACGAGUUCCAACGCCAUUUAUGGCUCCUGUUUGAGUAUCCAGAGAGUUCAGGACCGGCGCGGAUAAUUGCCAUUGUGUCAGUUAUGGUUAUUUUGAUAUCCAUUGUUAUAUUCUGUUUGGAGACGCUACCCGAGUUUAGAGAAGUCCCUGCGGUGCUGGACAACCACGCCAAUGGAAGUGCUCACGGCAAAGCGCCCAGCCCGUUCACAGAUCCGUUCUUCCUGUUGGAGACACUUUGCAUUGUGUGGUUCUCUUUUGAAUUCACCAUGAGGUUUCUCUCGUGUCCCAGCAAAGCAGCCUUCUUUAAAAACAUCAUGAACCUGAUCGAUGUUGUGGCUAUAGCUCCAUAUUUCAUCACCCUGGGCCUUGAUCUUGCAGAGCAUCAGGGCAGCAGUCAGCAGGCUGCGUCUCUGGCCAUACUGAGGGUCAUCCGUCUGGUCCGUGUUUUUAGGAUUUUUAAACUGUCCCGGCACUCCAAGGGUCUCCAGAUUCUCGGCCAAACGCUUCACGCAAGCCUCAGGGAGUUGGGACUGCUCAUAUUCUUCCUGCUCAUCGGAGUGAUUUUAUUCUCCAGUUCGGUUUAUUUUGCAGAAGUAGAAGACCCGGAGUCUGGAUUUUCAAGUAUACCUGAUGCGUUUUGGUGGGCUGUGGUGACAAUGACCACAGUUGGUUAUGGUGACAUGUGUCCCUCUACCAUUUGGGGGAAAUUCGUUGGAUCUUUGUGCGCCAUCGCCGGAGUCCUCACCAUAGCUUUACCGGUCCCUGUUAUAGUAUCCAAUUUCAAUUAUUUCUACCAUAGAGAGAACGAGGAGGAGGAAAAUAUCCAGUACGUACACGUGACUUGUGGGCAGGAGAAGCAACCCUCCUUUGAUGAAUGCGAUUCAAGCAAAAGUAGCCAGUCGCUCUCCAAAACUGAGUCCUACCAGGGAAGCGACGACCUGGAAACUCUGACAUAUCCAAACACAAACCCACUGGAGACAUACACGGGGAAACUGACAGAUGUAUGA